ACGCAGUAAUAUCAUCUCCUAUUCUCCGCUUUCAUUUUCUCUCAUUUUCCUCUAAUCCAAACAAUGCCUCUGCUUCAGUUUCUCCUUGAAUCCAGAAAAAUUUAAGAACAGUCAAUCAGAAAAUAAAUUAUGAAUAAUUCUUGGUUUGACAAAGCCUUGGAUGGGGUUGAGGUCAAUGAUGGUUUCUUUGAUGACGUAAUUAAGUAUUUGGAUUUCCCAUUGGAAGAUGUUGAGGGGACUGAUGAUGGUGGUGGUUGUAGUGAAGCUGUUGUAAAAGAUUUUCAUUUGCCUCUUGGUGAGGUUGAAGAGAAAAAUGGUGAUGGUAUUGGCGGUGAAGAGUGGGAUUGCAACUUUCAAAACUUAGAGCCACCCCCUGCUAGUGUUUUGGCCAGCUUGUCUUCUAGCUUUUGUGGCGAUUUUUUGGGUGAUGCUUCCGUGAAUAACCUUACCGUUUCUUGUUAUGAGUCUUCACAUCUAAACCAGUGGGCAAGCACUGCCAAAGCAUCCUCCAGCAGAAGCACUAUGUCAAAAGGAGAUUCUGUGGAUGUCAAAGGUUCAAUCUGGUUCCAUACCUCUAGUCCGGUAUCUGUACUUGAAACGACUAGCUCUUGCUCAGCUGCAAAGCCAGUUCCUAUCAACCCUAAUCUACAUUUCCUGGUGAAGCGCGAUCGAAGCAAGCGCAGACGAGCAUCUGCCUUUAACCUGCAUUUCUCAUUGCCUUUUAUAUCAUCCGCCUCCUCUACCCCCACAGGACCUACUUCUUUGGUCGGUUCAGAAUCUGAAUCAGAAAGUCAUCUAACUGAGAAAUCCGCCAAAAAGAAACAGAAGAAAAAGAACCUGACAUGGCUUUCUAGCUCCAGUAAGAUCGACAAAUCCCCCUCCCAACAACCUGUUGUUAGGAAAUGUAGUCAUUGUGAAGUUACAAAAACUCCACAAUGGAGAGAAGGACCCAAGGGUCCAAAGACCCUUUGUAAUGCUUGUGGGGUUCGCUACAGGUCCGGCCGCCUCUUUCCAGAAUACCGUCCCGCUGCUAGUCCUACAUUUGUUCCAUCAUUGCAUUCCAACUCCCAUAAGAAGGUGGUAGAGAUGAGAAAAAAAGCCACCAUCUGUGGUGGUGAUUCCACCUGAAAUGUCUUCUUAAUAGGGACCGCUUCAUCAUUAUCAGUUUAGCAAGCUCCAAAUAGGGAGCUUCCUUCUAUCCCUCAUAUUGUCUUUUUUUUAACCCCUUGUUUCUCAGUGUGUACAUUAGUGGAAUAAGUAGGAAGUUAGAUGAUUUUCAAAUUAGGGUUAGCGAAUGUCAUUUAGAGGUUGUUUUAACAUGUUUGACAAUAUCAGGUCUCACCCUAUUCAUUUAUUCUUCUUAAAUGCAAU